CAUUUUAUUUGUCUAAUUACAGAUCUGUUAUUCCACGCGAUCCCGCGACUAACGGCACCUUUGUAUAUGUGUUAAUGUCACUCGAGGUACUUUUGUGUGGCGUGGCACACAAAGCUCCACGAGAACACAAACCUCGCGCGAGGUUGAGACAGAGGAAAAUAUAUCAAAUUCUGCGUAAUAUACAAUAAAGCUAAUGGUUUGUAACGGUUCGUUGAUCGACUUUUCAUAAGAUUUUCUUCGCCUUCGCACUGACAGUGACAUUCUCCUCCCGUGUAUAUAUGUGUAUAUAAAUUUUAGUUCAUACAUUUAUAGAUAUCAAUAUAGCUACACGCUCUUGCGUGUCCAAAAGUUUUGCUUGUGAUCCAUAAAUAAUAAAAAAAUAGAAGAUAAUCGUUUCGUAGCGGACGACGCGAGUCUCAUGACGAAUCUGGUAUACGACAAUCGCAGUUUUUGAAUAUCCGUCACUAUCACGCGAUGGACAGAUGACAAUGAUUUGUAGGGAAGAAUUUAGUCCAUACUGUUCUAGCCGAACAAAAGCACACAGAAGAAAAAACUUGGCACAAUACUCGUUCUCGAAAUGCUGACUAGAAGCGUUGCCGAAUGGAGCCGCGAGGACGUUCUCCUCUGGCUCGAAGAAAGUGGACACAAAGAUUACAUAAGUCAUUUUGAUUUUCAUGAAAUAGACGGCAAAGCACUUCUCACUCUUAAAGAAGAAGAUAAUAUUGUCGGAGACAAACACACUGUUCACAAACUCGGACCCUACAAAAAACUCUUCAUCAGCAUCAAAAGACUCCAACGCGACAAUGUCGGACUUCUCUUUGAACUUGGACAAAUCGAUCUCUUUCCCUCAAGCAGCUUUUACGCGCAACAGAAACACGAGUUACCGGGUGCGUUAUCGAACAACGAGGGUUCGGUUGAGCCCGAGUUUUGCUCCGCAUCGGUAUCCGAAGAUGGCCAUGCGUCACAUUUACCACCAGAAAUCUGGAAGGCAUUCAUAAGUCUCGGAUACUUAUUCAUAGUUACUUGGAUAACGGCAUUCGUCAUGGUAAUAGUUCACGAUCGUGUACCUGACAUGAAAAAGUAUCCUCCAUUACCGGACAUAUUUCUGGACAAUGUACCACACAUACCGUGGGCAUUUGACAUGUGCGAGGUCACUGGAACUCUUCUAUUUGCCAUAUGGCUCGUUGUUUUAAUAUUUCACAGAUACAGGUUCAUAUUGCUGAGAAGAUUUUUCGCUCUCUCGGGUACGGUCUUCUUAUUGCGAUGUGUAACAAUGCUCAUCACGUCGCUCUCCGUACCAGGAGCGCAUUUGCAGUGCCAACCAAGAACAAUUUCUGACGAGCCUUGGGCGAGCACUGCUUACGGCGAAUUGUACAAUAAAAUCGCAAUGGCAUAUGUGAUUUGGCGAGGAGCCGGAAUGUCAAUACAAGGCGUAAGAACUUGCGGUGACUAUAUGUUCAGCGGUCACACCGUGGCCUUGACUAUGCUGAAUUUUUUCAUUACCGAAUAUACACCAAGGAACUUGUACUUUCUUCACACAUUUACGUGGAUGCUCAAUAUGUUCGGAAUAUUUUUCAUUUUGGCUGCUCACGAGCACUACUCGAUCGACGUAUUCGUCGCUUUUUACAUAACGUCGAGGCUCUUCUUGUAUUACCAUACAUUGGCAAAUAAUCAGGCCCUGAUGCAACGUGACUCGAACAGAACGAGGAUAUGGUUUCCAUUGUUCAGUUUUUUCGAGUCCUCGGUCGACGGUAUUGUUCCGAACGAAUACGAGACGCCGUCCUUGAUUAUUUACAACUUAGCCUGUCGUUGCAACGACGUUGGAAAGUUUGUGCGAUCACGUUGUAAGUUUGAAAAAAAAAUUAGCUCAGCGAACGGCGAAGCGAAUUUAAAAAAGAAAGGAUUAUAGCGUGGCUCGUUGCUGCAUGAUUCAUAGUAAAAAUUUUGUCUCCGUAUGCGAGCGGUAUUCUCGCUGAGUGAGAUUACCGAAAACAAUUUUUAAUGAAUUUAUAGAACAAUUUUCUUUUCCCCUACAAAGCGCCUUUCGAUGGUGUGAGAUUUUUUUUCUUCAACAAACUUGUAGAAUAAUUCAUUGGUGAAAAAGAUCCCAAUUUUGAUCAACAUCAUUGAUUUAUUUGAUUUUGCAAAGUUUAUUCGUUUAAAGAUUUUUUAAUACUGAGCAUAUGUAAACUUACAGAAAAUCAGUCGUUUGUAUAAAUAUAUAAAGUUGUUAGUUAUAAUAUUCGAAACGACUUUCAGAAUGAUAACCGAGUUAUGCAUCUUUAUGUAUAUUGCGGGUCGUCCGCCUCAAGUAUUACAAGCUUUCAUCUUACGAAAUUAGGGUCAUGGUAACAAAUGUUUUGCAUUAAUCGUUCAAAUUUAAUUAUAAUAUUAUGCCAAGUUCUCGAAAUAUGGUCCUCACGAACAAAGUAAUUUUGAAGUCAAGUUUAUAUUUUUUUUUUUUUUACUGGCAUAUAAGGAAAGGGCUCGAAUUCAAAGACUUUCAAUAUGACAUGUAUUUUCGGAGCCGGAUGUUUGAUAUGUUUUUGACAGAGGACCAGUCGAUUAAUAGAAAUGAUGAUCAUUUUCCCAAUCAACACAUGCGCAAACUCGAUUUCAUCGUAUCUCAUUUCCUUAAGAUCUCACUCGGGGUAAAAAAAAAAAACACUUGCCAUGACUCUCGAUCAAAUCAAGAUUAGUAAAAUCAUAAAUCUUUUAAAUCCUCGUACGGCCAACGAAAUUUGGCUCGGGAAAGAUGAUAAGAAGUGUAAGAAAACGAUAGGAAGAAAGAGAGGGAGAAGAAAAUAUCGAAGAGCGUAUACCGUAACUUUUAACUGAUUGAUAUUUUUGUAUCGAUAUAUAAUUGUAAAACAAACAAAGAAACAAACAAAAAAACAAAACAAAACAAUGAAGGAAAAAGUAAAAAGAGUGUUCCGAGCGAAAAAUUCGAUAAAAAAAUUGUGGUAUAGUUUCUAUUUAGAUUUUGUAUCGAUGCUUUUGUGACGAUGAAAGACAAAAAGUAGAUAAUAAAUAGGGAGAAGGAGAGGUAGAAAUUCAAUCUUGUUACUUUAAGUGGGGCAACGACGCACCAAAGAAAAUUCGAUAGAGACACACGAAACUUGACAAAUAAUUUUGUGUCAUUUCUUUCGAAUUGAUUUUUUCAAUGUUUUUAGCUAAUUUGUAUAAAUAAUUAGGUGAGGAAAGAAAAAUGUGUUUGGCGUUCUUUCAUGUGACGUAGAAUGCCGUUAAGUUAGAGGCUAGAGAAGUGCAAAAUCGUAUACAGAAAAUUUGCUAUCAUUUGACAAUUGUUCCUUUUUAUUUUUAGAUUCUCAUAAAAAAAUACUGUUUUAUGGCAAUGUUUGAACUUUGACGUAUAACUCCGAACCUCCCUACUCAAAGGGUUCGGAUCCUCGUAGAACGGUUCUCGUUACUUUAAUUACUUUUUUUCUUCGAUAUCUCUCGGUCGAAUGUGUUCGUUUUUUUGUUUCCAUCGAAAGCUGGCUAUCGUUCGUCGACUGUAAUAUUAUCACGAGUAUAAUUUUUUUUUAGUGUGUAUCGAGAAAUUGGUUUACACAUACAAACAUUUGAGAAACCAUUGAUUUAAACAAAGGAAUAGAUAAAUGAAUGUACAUAAACGAAUUCACUUCACUGAUAAAAAGUCACACGCUGUACACCCUCGGCCGGCAAUCGAAAGACGGUUCAAAUAGCCCCCACAUCGUUGAUAUUUUCGUCUCUGAAAGGGCUACAAAUACAAACUACAAAGACGAAAUAAAACGUCACUUAGUUUUAAAUGAUUCUCAUGCACAGAUCACUACUACAAAUUUACGAAAUGGGGAGAGAGAGAUAGAGACGAAGCUACAAGAAUUUUUUUCGUUUAUAUGUUGGUUUAUAAAUAUACAAGAAAUGAAAAUUAAUGAAUUAUUGUUAUUAUUGUUAUAUACGCGUUUGCCAAUAAAUGUAUCACUUUGUUA